AUGAGUAAAUACGGCGUCGUGGUUAUGGGCCCCGCGGGGGCCGGUAAGUCAACAUUUUGUUCCGCCCUCAUAACGAACCUGCGCAACAACAGGCGCUCCUGUUUCUACGUGAACCUCGACCCCGCAGCCGAAGACUUCACCCACGAGCCGGAUCUCGACAUCAAAGACCUGAUCUCUCUCGAAGAUGUGAUGGAGGAGAUGGGGUUGGGCCCCAACGGCGGCCUGAUCUACUGCUUCGAAUUCCUGCUGGAAAACCUGGACUUCCUCAGCGAUGCGCUCGACCCAUUAUCCGACGAGUACCUCAUCGUUAUCGACAUGCCCGGACAAAUAGAGCUCUACACCCACAUCCCCAUAUUACCCGCGCUGGUUAAGCACCUGACGCGCACUGGCGCGCUCGAUAUCAGACUCUGUGCUGCGUACCUCCUCGAAGCUACUUUUGUUAUUGACAGCGCCAAGUUCUUCGCCGGGACGUUGAGUGCUAUGAGCGCCAUGAUAAUGCUCGAGGUUCCGCAUAUCAAUAUCAUGUCCAAGAUGGAUCUUGUGAAGGGACAGGUUGGGAAGCGACAGAUGAAACGCUUUCUCGAUGCGGAUGCCUCCAUCUUGGAAGAAGAAGAAGCCGAGGAAGAUGAUGGCUCCACGAACCCAGGGGAUACCCAGACCUUGAUGAAGGGCAAGAGUUUUAAUAGAUUGAAUAAGGCCGUUGCGGGGCUGAUUGACAGCUUUGGCAUGGUUUCUUAUCUAAGAUUAGAUGUGCAGGAUGAAGAUAGCGUUGCAGCUAUAUUGAGCUAUAUCGAUGAUGCUAUCCAGUUCCAUGAGGCGCAGGAACCGAAAGAGCCUAUAGAGGAGAUGGAAAUGGGAGACGAGGACUUGCCAUAA